AUGGAGGUACCCGAGCCUCUGGAGAAGCCUGCUCACAGCAGCAAGGAGGACCAGCCCGGGAGUGGAGUGAUCCACAUUAGGCCCCUCACUUACUUUGAGGAGCGAGCCAUCGUGCUGACUAUAGUGAUGAUGUGGACCAUGUCUGCGGUGACGCUUCACAAUUCCGAAUUUGUGCUGAAACUUAUGCGAGGUGUUGAUACAGUAGAUCGGGAAAAAUUAUUCCCACUACUCACUAAGCCAACAGAAGCAGAGGUCAGCAAAAACAAUUUUAUGCAGAGCGUUGUUAUAACAUGGAAUGGCCUAUCAAAACAGUUAAACAUGGUGAAGCUGAUUCCGGUAGCUUUGCUACUGCUCACUGUGCUCUACAGUGGAGUAGUCAGUGUUAAUGGAAAACCUGCCGUACCAAAUGAAAUCAAUUCACAACAAAUAUCUGCACUGAAACUUGUAGCUGCAAAUACAGACUUUGCCUUGCGUCUCUACAGACAAAUUGUCUCUCAACCAAGUUCAACUUCCAAGAAUAUUUUCUUCUCUCCAAUAAGCGUCUCUGCUGCACUGAGCAUGCUGUCUUUAGGUGCAAGAGAUAGCACUCGCAAUCAGCUUCUACGGGCUCUUGGGUACAGCAAUAUGUCACAGAAUGAUGCAGCAGAAGUGCAUGAGACAUUCAAAUUUUUCCUGCAAAAGCUAACCAGAGAAGAUCGUGAACUAAAUUUAACAAUUGGGAACUCUCUGCAUAUCCAGCAGGAAUUUGAUGUUAAUCAGAAAUUCCUUGAGGAUGCAAAGCAAUUUUAUAAGGCAGAGGUGAUAAGUGCUAAUUUCAAAGAAACAGAUAAAGCAAAAGAACAGAUCAAUACUUACGUGAGCAAGAAAACGAAAGGCGAAAUUCAAGAAUUAAUUAAAACACUUGAUGCAACAACCGUGAUGGUACUUCUCAAUUAUGUCUUGUUCAAAGGUAACUGGAUGAAACCUUUUGAUCCUCAGAUGACCUACGAAACCGAUUUCCAUGUAGAUGACACAACAACAGUGAAAGUUCAAAUGAUGAAGAAGUCGGGGAUAUAUUACACUGGUUACGAUAGUCAACUUUCCAGUCAUGUGAUUAGUGUUCCAUAUCAUGGAAAUGCUUCCCUGGUGCUGAUUCUACCAGCCCCUGGAAAAUUGGCAGAGGUGGAACAAAAUCUGACCAUCGAUAAUUUUCAACACUUUUUUUAUUCAUUAAGCCUUGGUUCUGCACAACUCCAUCUCCCAAAGCUGUUGUUGAAGGAAUCCUACCAGCUUAAUGAACUGCUGAUGGCAAUGGGUGUUACAGAUGUGUUUUCUGUCAACUCAGACCUUUCUGGGAUAUCUGGAACUGCACCUCUAAAAGUGUCCAAGGUGACUCAUGAGGCAGUGCUGGAGAUAGAUGAAAAGGGAACAAAAGCUACAGCAGCUACAGAUGUUGAAGUGACCCUAUUAUCAGUACCUCAUCAAUAUAAAUUUGAUAGCCCUUUCCUCCUAUUAAUUGCUGACCACAAUAUUAAGAGUGUCCUGUUUGCAGGAAGAGUGGUGAACCCCACUGUUUGA